AUGGCGGCCGCGCGGCCCGAGCCGGCGGAGCUGGGCCUGGCGCAGGCGGCGCCCGCGUGGCGGCUGCGCCGCGAGCAGUUCCCCAGCAAGGUGGGCGGGCGGCCGGCGUGGCUGGGCGCGGCGGGGCUGCCGGGGCCCGCGGCGCUGUCCUGCGCGCAGUGCGGCCGCCCGCUCGCCUUCCUGCUGCAGCUGUACGCGCCGCUGCCCGGCCGCGCCGACGCCUUCCACCGCGGCCUCUUCCUCUUCUGCUGCCGCGCGCCGCCCUGCUGCGCCGGCCUGCGCGUUUUUAGGAAUCAGCUGCCCAGGAAAAAUGAUUUUUUCUCAUAUGAACCGCCUUCUGAGGACCCUCCCCCAGAGACGGGGGACUCCCCAUGCCUGCAGCUCCAGUCCGGGCCUCAUCUCUGCAGGGUCUGUGGCUGUUUAGGCCCCAAAACCUGCUCCAGGUGCCACAAGGCACAUUAUUGCAGCAAGGAGCACCAGACUCUCGACUGGAGGCUGGGACAUAAGCAGGCUUGUGCAGAGUCAGAAAAUUUGGGUGGCACAGUUCCAGACCACAACUUCCUUUUUCCGGAAUAUGAAAUCGUAAUAGAAACAGAAGAUGAAGUAGUAUCUGAAGUGGAAAAUGAAGACGAGGCAGAGGUCGCAGGGAACAUGGAUGAAACUCCUGAAGAAGAAUUGGAUUCCCUGGCAAAACAUGAAUCCAAGGAAGAUAAGAUUUUCCAGAAGUUCAAAACUAAAAUAGACCUUGUGCCAGAACAGAUCCUCAGGUACGGCAGAGGGAUUGCCCCCAUCUGGAUUUCUGGCGAGAAUAUCCCUCAAGAAAAGGACAUUCCUGAUUGCCCCUGUGGUGCCAAGAGAAUAUUUGAAUUUCAGGUCAUGCCCCAACUGCUCUACUACCUGAAGGCUGACAGACUGGGCAGGAGCGUGGACUGGGGUGUCCUGGCCAUCUUCACCUGUGCGGAAAGCUGCAGACUGGGUACUGGCUAUGCGGAGGAGUUUGUGUGGAAGCAAGAUGUGACAGCUGCACCGUAGGGACAGGCCAGCGUGAGGCAGGGCCUUGCGGUCCUGGGUCUGGGACUUGUCCCGCUCAGUACACUGGAGGUACAGGCCCAGUGAGGGCUCGGGUGUUAUUCAGUGUGUAGAUGUGAGCGAGAUGGGUGUCCAGGAGUGUCCGUCCCCGAGCCUAACGGUGUAGCUCAGCCAGCACACCAGGAAAAGAGGGCAGCCUCAGCAUCACCGCUAGCACCAGACGCUGCUCUUGGUAGACUGUUUUGGUAAAAAAAGACUUGUAUACGUGUAUGUGUGCGGAAAUAAACCCGGGACGACGCAGAGCCAGUCAGCGUGAAAUGGUCACCUGUGUGCGGUGGAACUACAAUGUGUGAUGAUCGCUUUGUUAAAAAAAAAGGGGGUUAUUUGCAUCCUUCCCCCCACCGUUUACAAAGUCAAAACCUACAGAGACAUCUGUAAAGCCUGAGACUUGCCUGACGACCAGCAGCUUGUCACGGUGCUCUUGUCACGGAGGCCAGGGCAGGAGAGGGGCGUGCUGGGCACGAGGCCGGUGAGUAUCGCAAGGGGGAUACCCAGUAAUGCUGAAGCAGCAGCGGAGUUGGUGGUAGGCCCAGGGGGAAAAAGAUUUGGAACCAGAAACUGGAUUAGAAGCUCUGAUCACCGCUGGCCUUGGUCAGCAGUGGCCCUGCGGACAGACAGGCCGGGGUGGGAGCAGUGCUUUUCCCACUUCUCAUCCAUUGUGUUCAUACACAAAGCUACCCUGGGGGCAGCUUUCAGGUGUGGGGUACAUGUGCGCCCCCCCCCCCCACCGGGCCAAGGGGGCCUGGAGAGAUGCUAUUGCUGAUGAGUGCCUAAAAGCACUUCUUAAAACUUUCUCGUGCUGCUUCUCUUAGACGUCGUUGGUUCAGCCUCGUAUCCCUGCUAAUUCGCAUAUGCUGCCUGUGUGGUGCUGCCACUGGCUGUUUCACUUUUUCGGUCAAAAUCGGGGCCUGUUAGUCCACCAGGUGAGUGUGUCCCAUGUGUACACUCAAAGAGAUAUGCACAUAAAAUAGUCUUCAUUGGGGAAACAGCAUUUGUUAGGCCGACGCUCUUGAGGUAAAGCGCAGUCUUGAAGCUGGGGGGCUCAGUAAGAAUCUCGGUGGCUACAUUAAAAGUUGAGACAAGAGAGGGUGGGAGUCGUGGUAAGACGCCAUGGCUUCUGGAAAACUGGAGGAGUGGGGCCUUCCCUGUCUCAGACUAUGAAUAAUUUUUUACAGUCAGGUGUGUUCUAGGAAGCUUUACAGUGUAGAGCAGUGUCCUGACUGCUGAGCACUUUUUAAGCAAACUCAGGAGGGUCUACUUGGAGAUCUCACCGGACAACACUUGUGGGCGUGUUGGGAGUUGCCAGCCAAGCUGUCCUCAGAUGUGUGGCCCCACCACGCGAGGCUCGCUGGGCCUGCCCACUUGCAGACAGACUAAACCACCAUACAGAAAAUGUCCCAGUGUCAACCUGCAGCUGGUGAUAAAAAUAAUAAAGCAAAAUAAAUACAGCAGGGAACUCAGUUCCCUCUAGAAAUGUCAAGACAUUUAAAAACACCAUAAAGUAGCCAACGCCAACUGUGGGGCAGAGUAUAUGGGUGAUCACCAGACGCUCAAACCCACCACUCCCCGUGCUUUGACAACUGGUCUUUACAGAGGGGUGAGGCCUCUGGACGUGGCCACCAACUUGCAGGAAAUAAGAGAGAAACACCCUGACACUAGCAACAGUACACAACGUUACCGUCCCACCACCAUAAGGAAGUGAUGGGGGAAAAUUGAGACUUGGAAUAGUACUGCAAGGCUGUGGCUGAACAUAAGGAGGGACUUCUGGGAUGGCUGAGGGUUCUGGGUGGUGAUAACAGAUGGAUGCUUUAGUAUUUUUUUUUCCGAAAUGGACCAAAGCAUCCUCGGAGGGAAGAAUUUGCACACACGCAGGCUCUUAGGAUACUAGGAAUGUAGUAGUCAACUUGGGGAAACAGCAGGAGAGGGCAAAGAACCUUCCCUUUCUGAUUCUGGUGACAUGCCUCUCAACUGGACAGUUUUCACAAUGAAAAAGAAAUAAACCCAAAUGCCAAAACCUAAGGAUUCAUUGUUACCUGAUAACUCCUGAGGAAAACGCUGCUCCGUCAGGAUGAGCGCCUGCUCUGGUCAUGGUUGGGUGUCAGUGCCCAUCUGUGGAAGCACCAACCCACCUGUGGGCUGUGCAAAGCAGGCGAUGGCCUGGGAAACAGGAGGCGUCUCAGUAUUCGGGAUGCGGCGGGCCUGCCGUGUGAGUGGACCUGAGCCGUUCACAUCUCACCCGUUUUCUCAGAAGGAAAAGAAAGGACUGAUACCAGCGCCGACCAACACAGUUUCUAUGUAAAAGUCAGGGCUAGCGGGAGGAUCACGUGAACCUGACAAGGCCUCAUUUAGCACAUGAAUCUGACACUUUUAUGAAUAGCAUUUAUUGUACAGAGCGCUCUGAAAAAAACUGUACAUACGUCCAUCCCGCUGACAUCUACUCUGUCCUGCAACACUGAACAGGCGGAAUGUGUCUGGCACAAAAAUGACCCCUAGGAUUACAAAUUAGAAAAACAACACUUUUAAAAAAGAUUUUUACUUUUCUGGUAGAAAUAUAAAAACUGGUUUAUGGGGCAGAAAUUAAACAAAAUAAAAAGUACAAUCAAUUGUAGAAGUGGCUUUAACACUUAAAAGCUUUGCCCCUUAAACCAACUUGUCAACAGCAGAGUAUUUAAAACCUACAUAUAAAUAAACGGGCAGCGCCACCCAAGUAGCAGCACAGCGCGAGCAACUUGGAGCAACCAGGCUCCGGGCCGCGCCCUCAGCUCCCACUGCACGGGACACUGCCCGAGGCCGCUGGCCACACGCGGCCCUGAAACUCUGCCACUUGAAGGUACCAAACGGAUUUGUUUUAAAAACCAAGCAGGUGGGAGGCCAGCAUCAGACCGCCACUACGUCGUCUUCCGGAAGCCUUUUAGAAUGGGGUAGAUGUUCUCAAAUGCUUCGUAGAUUUCUGCUCUGACUUUAGCACCUGUGAAGACCAGUUAGAGGAGGGUGAGAGUCUAGCAUGGCUUCUCACACGCUGACAGUGAUCACAACAAAACCGCAAGCUGAGUUCUCUCCAUGCCCUGCAGGAUAGUGGACGCAGGCCCUGGAACACUGGCGGCAGCAUCACCUGCCCCAGCCCGUUUUCUGAACAAAAGCAAUGUCCGGGCUGACACCAGCCCCCUCUGCGGUGGCCCCAGCACCCUCUGCUGGUCCUCCACCGGCCUGGAGCCCAACUGGCGCUGUGGGAAGGGCCCUGCCUCGCUCUCCCCACCGCUGCCUUUAUUGUCUAGAAGCCGACACUGUCACCCAAAGCCUCAAGGCCCUGAUUCUGGCAGAACACGCCAGGUGCCGUGCCCCUCCCUCCACAGGCCAGCCGUGCUCCUUAGUCUUAACAUGGAGAGAAAAGGCUGCUCUUGAAACACAGGACACUACCUGUUUGACUUACCUGUUUUGUUUUUUUUUUUUUUUAGAGGCAUGUUUUUACUUAUUUAUUUGUUUGUUUAUACAUGCACUGGGUAUAGUAAGAAGCGCGGGAGGGUGAGAGAAUUCACCAGAGCCAGAGCG